AUGCCGAAGUAUUACACACCCCUUUGGAGACGGGAAACAUUAGUUAGAGGAACUGAACUAGAAGUCGACACAGACGGCAACUCCUCGAAAAUCGCCGCUCAAACCGGACUUAACUCGCUCACGCUCCGAGAGCUAUGUGUCUCAACCACAACUGACGCUGGCAUCACCUCGGAUUUUGCUGAACGUGCCGCUUCAAGAGUCUCAUCAGAACGGAGUUCUCUUGAGCGGUACAAGCACAUCUGCUUGUCGGACAAAUUAAAGAACUUCGCGAUCGCUGUCUUAACUGGUCAAUGUGUCUAUGAGAUUCCCUGCCCAACAAAUCCAAGACUUUAUAAUCUGUAG